AUGAAAAAAGAAAAGAAACAUAAAAAAAAAACCAAGAAACAGUGCACAUAUAGCAGUGAUAAAAGCAAAAGAGUCUUAGAUAAUGAUACUACAACUAGUAACAAAAGGAGCAAUGAUAUAAAGCCAAUGCUUAAACAAAUAAAUGAUAAUUGUGAUAAUUUGUUUAAGGGAGAGAACUUGAAAAAUAUAAAAUCGAGUACUCAAUCAAGAAAAAGCAAAUACCAUAAAAGUGCAAAACAUACAGAAAAUUCGAAAGAUUCAGAAUAUCACGAAACUGAGGAGGUUUCCAAUUUUUCGAUUGGGUCAGAAAACUCUUCUGAUUUUAUUUCAUCGAGUUCAGAUGCUUCAAGUGAUAGUAGCAGCACAUAUAGUGAAAUAGAUCACCUUUCGAUAAACAGUAAUACAGAUUCUAAUGAGUGGUACUCAAAUGAAAAAAUUAGUCGUUCUACACAUUCUGAUGAUAAGGAUCAAAAAAUAAAAAGUCAUAACAAUGAUAAUAAUAGCGAAACAAAUAGCUCAAGCAAAAAUAACUGUUCUUCUUCAAGUUUACAAAGCAAAAAAGGAAAAUCAAAUAAUAUAAACCCUCAUUACAGCGUGAAUGAAGAAAAACAAAAAAUAAAUGCUAAUAAUAUAUAUUCCAAAUGUCUAAGUAUAUUUUCUCUGAAUGCAUAUCUUUAUAAUGAUAUGUAUAGAUAUAAUCCUCACCUAUUUGGCAUUUAUGAAACUUGUCGAAAUAAUAAAAAUAGAUGUCAAAAGAUAGGAAUUUUAUGCUGUCAAUUUGAUUUAAUAUUUUUAAGAUCAGUUUAUGGGAAAUAUCAAAAAAUAUUAUAUGAUAUAUUAAAAGAUACACAUACUAUAUUAUUAGACAAUAUACCACCAUCUACUAGUUUUAUAAAUGAAAUAAUAUGCAGCAUAUAUAAUUAUUUAAGUGAUAAUGGUGGUUUAUAUAUUUGUUGGAAUAAAAAACUUUUUCAUUUGUCUUAUUAUGAUUAUAUGUUUUUAUCUUCCGAUAUAUUUCUGAAAAGAAAAGUUAUAAAAAUAUUGAAAUUAAUUUAUAAAAAAAAAUAUAAUUUAUAUUUUUUUCAUUGUGAAUUUGAUCUAUAUAAUUCUCAAAAUAAAAUGAGUAACUUAGACGAUUUAGUUAUAUGUAUUAAAAAAACUAUCUGGAAAAUAUAUAUAUUUCAAUUAUUUUAUAAAAAUAAAAAAUAUUUAAAGAAAAAGAAUGAAAUAUGUCUUGGUAAUAAUCAGAGUGAAGUAAUAGCAAAAAUAAAUGAGCAUAAGAAUAAUUAUAUAAAUAAACAAUCAAAUUAUACAAUUGACCCGAAUUCUGAUACAUAUAAAGGGUGUAGCAAUAAAGAAAAAAGAAAAACCCUUGAAAUUUCUGAAGAUAAAGAAAAUUGCAAACAAAAUGUAAAACCGUCUUUUUCUACCAUGACUUUUAAAAAUAGUUGUAUGUUUGUUAUUGGAAGCUUUAAUAUAGAUGCAAAUGAAAAUGAAGACUUGUAUAAAAAUUUGAUUAAUUUGAAUAACCAUGGAAAUAUGAAAGAUUUAUUUUUUUAUAAAAAUAUUAAUUAUAAAAUUCAAAAAACAUAUGAUAUUGUAGAUCGUAAAAAUACAUUAGUCAAUGGUUUAAAUUAUUGUUUUGGUAAAACUGAUAACAUUUUUUUAGUAGAUUCCUUUUUUAUAUCCCCAGAAGACAUAGUCGAUUUAAUUUAUUUAUAUAAUCCGAUAGAUAUAUUAAUAGACAAAUUUAACAUUCUAAACAAAUCAUUAAAUAAAUAUAAUUUAAAUAACUUUAACCAACUAAUUGACCCAAAUGGAAUUAUGAUCAAACUACAGCAUGUUUAUAAUUAUGGUGUAGAUAUAUUAACACAAAAAAGAAAUAAAGAAUUAAGUGAUCAUUGGAUAUUAUCGGCUAAGUUUCAAUUUAAAAAUUUAUAUAUUCCUAUUAAUUUAGAUAUAGAAAAACAGUUAAAUAAUUUUAUUCGAAAUGUAGAUAAAUAUUUCAUUUUGAAUAAAAAUUUUUAUGAUGAAUUAUGCGAAGUACAUUCCAUUUUAGAAAAGGAAAAUGAUAAAAAUAAAUGUAUUAAUGAUUAUACAAUAAUUAAGAGAUAUAAUUACGCAAAUAGGUGUGUCAUAACAAGUGAAAAUAUUAAAUGUGUAAAUAAAAUAGAAAAAAAACUUGACCACAUUUUAUCUCAAUGCUUUGAAUCACAAUGA